AUAAAGGUCCAGACCUAUUGGUAGACGUGAAGUCAGCAUACAGGGAGGCUACACAAGUGGAUGUGCAUCUUUAGAUGGCCCUGUGCAAAAGGAGCAGGCUAUCAUACACAAAGUAGACAGCUUGUGUUUCAACGGAAUCAAUCAAUUUAACAUUUGCAAUUAGUCAAGCCGGGGGUCGCUGACAGCUGAGCCGCAAUGGUGGAGAAGUCCGACCGGGCACCGCUACUGGACUGGGAGGAGGUUCCUCCCGCAGAGAAACCUGUUCCCACACCAGAACAGGAGAAGGACGUCAAGGGACCGAGCCCUGCCAACAAUCGGGCGUUGGGAUGCACUGCGCCGGGGAUAGGGUGGAGCACCAGUCCGGGGGGUCCUGGGUCUUUCACAUCAGCAGUCUCUAGCAUAGACACAUCCCUCUCAUCCAGGAGCACGGUCCCCACCCCUGCGGAAUGGGAUGCUCAGUGUCUUGACAAGGAUGACCAUACCCCGGCCCCAGGACAAGGAGAGGUGCCGCACGAUAUCAUGGUGAAAUGGGAGGAAAAGGAUCCGAUCGUGGCCGUGUUUGUGGUGACAUUUGAUACAAGAUCAGGUAACAUGUUAGAGUGGUGUCUGCCAGGGGACAUGAACCUGGAGGGAGUAGAGUUCAAGGCUAUGGCCAGCGGCUCCCACAGAGUCUCCAGCGACUUCAUAUACUUCCGUAAGGGUGGGUACUUUGGCCUGGCGUGCUUUGCCAACAUGGUGGUGGAGAGUGUGGUGGAGAGGGGGGCAAGAAUGAAGUCUGUGGGUAUCCUGUCAACCUCUUACACCCUGCUGUACCGAUACAUGAGCUUCCUGGAACACCAAGUCAGGCUCCAGUUGAAAACUCCUGGCCAGUACUCUCCCCUGGAGGCGUUCUUUGAGGAUAAGAGAUCAGUGCUGCCCCCCGAUGGGGAGAGUGUGGUUACUGCAUGUCCUGGCAGUGCCUGGGGAGCAGCAAUCAACCACUGCAUGCACCCUGAGAUGAAGAUCACCCACCCAGCUGGCUGCAUGUCUCAGUUCAUCCAGUUCUUUGGGGAGCAGAUCAUGGUCCUGUGGAAGUUAGCUCUGCUGAGGAGACGAAUCCUCAUCUUCUCUCCUCCACCUGUGGGCGUGGUCUGUUAUAGAGUGUACUGCUGCUGUUGCCUGGCCAACGUGUCCAUCCCGGGGGUGGGCGUGGCCGUGCCAGAGUUCCGCCCCUUCUUCUAUGUCAACGUGGCAGACAUCGAUACCCUGGAUACGGAACUGUCCUACGUAGCGUGCACCACAGAGAAGAUCUUUGAGGAGAAGCGGGACCUGUACGACGUCUAUGUGGAUAACCAGAAUGUGAGGACGACCAGAGAGAGUCUGAAGCCUUUACUGCGGCUCAACACUGCAGACCGAGAGAAGUACCGCAGACUCACUGAACAGAGGCAGAUGCUGUUAUAUUCUCAGGAGGAGAAUGGAGACUGUGUGUCCAGUGAAGAGGACCACUUCAUUCUGUUUUUCCUGGAGCAGAAUAACCGCAUCUUCCAGACGCUCAGUGAGGUGGCAGGGAGCCCUGAGCCCAUCCUAACCCAGGAGAGUGUGAGGGCCAUGGGGCUAGACCCUCACGGAGACAGGCUCUUCCUGCUCCACCUGCUGGAGACAUAUGGCUAUGACAGCCUCCUGGUCACCGAUCACCCUUGCUGCAGCUGAGGCCUGGGUGGCACACUGACUGACAUACAGGGUCCUACACACUCAGACACACAGACUCAAUACAGACAGUCUGGACUAUGAGAGGUCAGAAUACUUUGGCAAGGCUGAGACCAGAGCCUGUAUUCAUAAAGCGUCUCAGUAGUGCUGAUCUCAGAUCUGUUUAGUCUUUUAGAGCUCAUUGAAUAAGACAGGGGGGACCUGAUCCUAGAUCAGCAUUCCUACUCCGAUGCUUUAUGAAUAUGGGAGACCCUCAGGCCCCAAAAAAAUGAAUGGAGAGAGCCACUGAACAAGAAAAGACUAAUGGAGUUUGGUUCUUGGUACUGUCCUAUGACAUUCAUGGAUGCUUAGUCUGGACUGUUAACCAUCGCCUUCCUGCCUGUCAAUAAAAUGUACAGUACCGAG